UAUAAAAGCAUAUCAACAUAUAAAAGUACAAACGUGGGAGAUCGCAGGUACAUUAAUCCAUGUCAUUAUAAAUAGAGAGGCAUGCAGAAAAGAAAGACAAGUUGUUAGGGAUAACUAAUUUAGUGAGGGUGCACAUCAUGGAAGACACCCAAAUGAUCACCGGAAACAACAAUAGUCUUGCAGAAACCGAUGAGAUUGCUGACCUCCUGCCAUCCCUUCCCAAAGAAAAGUCAUGGCGAUCAGGUUAUGUGUAUCGAUACCAAGGCUUUUGGUGUCCUGAAAAGCAGAUUCCUGCUGUGAUUGCAUUUCAAAAGCACUUCAUAGCACAGAAAACAGAUACUAUACUAGUCACGAUGCCUAAAUCAGGCACAACAUGGUUGAAAGCCUUGGCAUUUUCCAUUAUGAAUCGUGCAAAAUAUACACCCUCGUGUAGCCCCUUGAACUCUGUCAACCCUCAUGAUCUUGUACCUUUCUUUGAGUUUGGGCUUUACGCAAAUAACCAACUUCCUGACCUGUCAACCUUUCAAUCCCCUAGAAUGUUUGCUACUCAUGUGCCAUAUCCAUCAUUACCGGAUUCCAUCAAGAACUCCGGCUGUCGAAUUGUUUAUCUUUGCAGGAAUCCAUUUGACAACUUUAUCUCCUUGUGGCAUUUCGCCUCCAAAGCAAGACCUGAGAGACUUGGACCACUUCUUUUGGAGGAGGCUUUCGAUAGUUUUUGCAAUGGACUUGGAGGAUUCGGUCCCUUUUUUGACCAUGUAUUAGGGUAUUGGAGAGAGAGCUUAGAGAGACCAGAGGAGGUUCUGUUUCUCACGUAUGAGGACAUGAAAGAAGACAUUAGUUCUCAGAUGAAAAGGUUAGCUGAGUUCCUGGGCUGUCCUUUUUCCUUGGAAGAAGAGGCAGAUGGGGUUGUGGAAGGAAUAUCAAAGUUGUGUAGCUUCAGCAAUUUGAAGGACAAAGAGAUCAACAAGACUGGUAGGUUUCAUCCAGACUUUGAGAACAAGACUCUCUUUAGAAGAGGUGAAGUGAGGGAUUGGGUCAAUUACCUUACUCCUGAGAUGGUGGAUCGUUUGAACAAAAUCACGGAACAAAAGCUGGCUGGUUCUGGUUUGAAGUUUAAGACUGGUUAAUUUGUAGACAGUAGUACUUGAAUGCAUUAUCUGUGUUUCGUGUUUGUGUUUGUUUGUGAGUGGGAUCUUGAUCAGUGGACAAUGAUGUGCUUCCGAUCUGGAAAAAAAAUAAUCAAUCUUGUCCACUUGAAAUUGUAAGAAGAGUACGUUUAUUGUAUCUGUAUCUUUCUUUGUUCC